UCCUCAUUGCCCUGCAGGGAAAAAAGUUGGGCACAGCGCCGGAGAUGUUCCCCGGUGCCGCCACGCUGGAGGUAUGCGAACCUGGGGACGCGUUUACCAGCAGCUUCCCCUGCGCUCGGGGAUUCUGCUGCUGCUGCUGAUCCCACCGCUGCUCGUCGCGCUCCAGCUGCUCGUCGUCGGUCCACGGUUACCUCGAGCCGCAAGUCUGGGAUCCGACGAGCAGGGAGGCGCUGCCGUCGCUUUCUCUGUUCUCAACAUCGAACCGGAGAAGAGCUCGCGCCGGUGGGGAACCCCGUUCCUGCGACCGCGUCUGGAGGAAGAGGAGGAGGAGGAUGGAGAAGGGAUCAGGGAGGGGACACGAGCCUACGAGGAUGAGAACGAAAUACAGGUUGGAUCCAGAGCAGUGGAGGUGCAGCCGUGGGCGGCCGGUAAGCCGUCAUUCACGGCAGAACUCGGUCGUCUCAUUGCAUACAUCACCAGGCCACAGUUGAACUGCUCCAGGGUUAUAUGUCCAGCUCAGGCUCAGGCCUCACAGCCUCCUGCACUCCAGGAGUCACUCCACUGGCUGCUGUGUGCCGAGGCCUGGCUGCUUCCUGCUGCAGACAGACCGUGUGUGGCGUACUCCUUCAGUAUGGAUGGAGGAGAUGCCGACUAUCUAAAGACAGUGUCUGGGCUGGGGUGUGAAGUGCACAGUUUUGAUCCCAGCAGCACCAAUGCAUCUGCCGGUCACCUUGGCAACAGUUUGGCUAGUAACCAUGGUGACAGAGGUGUGGUCAGCCAGCACAAGAUGUGGCUGGAGUGGCGCGCUGCAAGGAAGCGCAAGCACAAGGCAAGAGGCGACCUGGGUAGUGUCUCGCAAACGUUGGCAGACAUCAUGGCAGCUCUGGGACAUCACACAGUUCACUUCUUGUACGCUGACCUGCUCAGUGCAGAGUGGCGAGUUUUCCAGAACUGGAUUGAGUCAGGAACUCUGCAGAGUGUCCAUCAUCUGGUUGCUACAGUGCAUCUGCAAUGGGCAGGGUUUGAGGUGGGAGGAACUGAUGAGGAAGUGCUCUGCUAUUGGUUCAGCGUUCUACAGGGUCUCCAGGCUUCUGGACUGAAGCUGGUCCACAGCUCUGCAGGAGACGGUCACAGUGUCCUGAAACGAACAGUUGGACAUGCUCGCAGCUCCUACACUCUCAGCUGGGUCAACACGAGAUAUUGACAUGGGCACAGACACAUGCUUUCUUGGCAUGACAUCUCCCUCUAGUGGAGAUGAACGGAUCUGUCUUUUUAUGACCGCUUACAGGAAAACACAGGUGUGUUUAAUGCUGGCUAUAUGAUAUGAUAUGAUACGAUAUGAUAUAUGAUAACACAUUUAAAUAUGCCAAACAGAUUUCUUACCAACACUUAACAUUUAUUUUCAUGUCUUUCAAUAGUUGAACCACAGAUUUGCAAUUAUUUAUCAAUAUCAUAUCAUACGGUGUCGCUCCUUAUGCAGUAGCAAUAUUUUGAAUGUAUAUUUAAAACAAU